AUGAUGAUCGUCCUGCCUGAUGAAGGCAAGAUGCAGGAGGUGGAGAGCUCCAUCAACAAGGACCACAUCAGGCACUGGAGAAACUCAGUCAGUUUGAACUACGUGGAUCUCUUCCUGCCAAAGUUUUCCAUCUCUGCUGACGCUCCUCUGGAAAACACUCUCAAAGAAAUGGGCAUAACCGACGCUUUUGAGAACAACGCUGAUUUCUCUGGCAUUUCAGAGGAAGUCAAGGUCAAAGUUUCAAAGGUGUCUCAGAAAGCCAUGCUGAGUGUGACUGAGAGGGGAACAGAGGCAGUGGCCGUCACAAUUGCUGAGUUUAUACUGACUGUGUUGCCAACAACAGUCCGAAUCGACAGACCCUUCUUAGUCUUCAUCCUGGAGAAGUCCACGAACAACAUCGUCUUCAUGGGCAAGAUCAACAACCCCACAGCCAUGUAGAGGUGAAAA